AUGACUGCUGAACAUGCUGGCAUAGCCCGGUCCAUAGUUUCCAGGCAAUUUUGCAAAGAGCGAAGAGACUGGUGCGUAAGUGACAGAAUGUCUCGCAACAAAGACAAGCACGAGGGCGCGAGCGGGCGCCAGUACCGCAUCCUGUCGGACGCGGAGCGCGCGGCAGGCAGGAGAGGAGGCUGGACCACGCUUGAGGUAACAGGAGGUGUGCGCGCGCUGGCGCCGCAACUGUUCCAACUGGCUCACCUCACCGAGCUGUAUUUGAACGACAACUCGCUGCAGCGCAUACCGCCCGACAUCAGCCAGUUGAGCAACCUGCACACCCUCGACGUGUCCAACAACAAGCUGCGCUCGCUGCCCGCCGAGCUCGGCGACCUGAUACAGCUCAGGGAGCUUCAUCUGAACAACAACUACCUACGGGUGUUGCCGUACGAGCUCGGCAAGCUGUUCCACCUUCAGCUCCUCGGCUUGCAGGGGAACCCGCUCAGCAAGGAGAUGCUCUCCAUCUACAACGACUCCAACGGCACCGCUAAGCUGCUCACGUACAUGCUGGACAACUUGCAAGGGAAAAAUUCAGAUCUACGUAGCGUUCGUGUUAGUUUUACUUUCCCAAUAUUUUUGGUUUCGGAGAAGGAAAUCUUGAGGGACCCCGGCAUCUACGACGAAGACGAGGUUAUUUGGGGUUCUUAUCCUCUGGAAAUCCCUGGAAAACCCUCAAUUCGUCGGGGGGACCUACAGGAUCUCAUACGGUUGCCCGCCCCUCUGCGCAAAAGCACUCUGGAAACAAGACGCCUCUCACCACACCCUAGAUUCUGUCGCAACGCGAGAUCACUCGGUGUUGCCAUUACCGUGGUAAUUUCAUGCGGUCAGCUCCCUGUCUCGCCUCCAACAGUAUUGAUAACGAACGCGAUAAACACAAUCGACCCAAGUGACACGCCG